AUUUUUCACCUUAAAUGUUCUCGUCGACCUAAAAUUUUGUCGGCGAAUUCUCUAUAUAAUGAAAAAUUAUUGGAAAAAAUUCAUAGUAAUUUUCGGGUUUUGUUCAAACACUCUUGUAUACCUACGUGAAAGUUCAUGAUGGCAGGAAUUAUAAAAGUGACGAUCUUGUUCGUCGUCAUUUAUCAAGUGACGAAGCUCAACGAAGCGACUACACUAAAUCGACCAUCAGCUGAGGAUGCGCAAUCCUCAACUUUCGCUGAAAAUGCGAAUCAAACAUCAACUGAAGAUGUCGCAGAACCUUCCACUUCAGAUGAAUCUGUUGAUCAAGCACCAGCAGUUGAAGACACCUUAGAAACUCCAUCUACUGUCGAAACGCCAGGUCCAUCAGUACUUGAAGAACCUGCAGAUGAAAACGCAACUCCACAACCACUUGAAGUAUCCUCAGAUAUUUCAACUUCUGGUGAUGAACCUCCACAGACACCUCAGGAAACUCCAGGUCGUAAUGCUGAUGAAAAUAACGAUGUGAAGUUCACAGCAACCGAUCCUUUGGAAAUCAAUAAAAUAGCAUUCGAACCAUUAAUAAAAUUAUUUGGAGGACUUGGUCCAUUGAUUUACGAUCUCUUGACCGAUAAAAAUGCUUUGGGAGAACAGAUGGCUGUAGUAUCUAAACUAAUCGCUGACAGAGUUACAUUAGAAAAAUAUUCCGAAGAUAUUGACUUAAUCCUUUCAAACCUAAUCAAUCCUACGGUCAAAAGUAAGGUCCAAGAAAUAUAUUCAAAAAUCGAAGAUGUUGAAGUUCAAGGUACAACCAACAGAAAAUUGAAAGAUGCAGUUCAAAUUAUUAAAGACAUUCUUGAAGACGAAAAUGCACUCAAUGAAAUUGAUGACAUCAUCAAAACUGGUCCAGUUUAAUCUUUAACAAUAAACAUUUUUUGAAUUUUAGUGAUAAUGUAGGUAGAGGUAGGUACCCAAUUGUAGUUUUACAGAAAUAAUAUUAUAUCUUGAGUCUAUGUUCUAAUUUAAUGACCAAUAAACCAAUAGCAUUGA